AUGACAGGCGCUGCUUGGUCUAGGUGUAUUCACACUGGGGGUGGGUCGAUAAAGCCGAAAACUCUAUCGAAGAUAAGGUCCGGCUCUUUACCGCUCCGGAGUCACAGCGCAAGUGGGAAUGGGAGAGGGGUUCAUAGUGGGAUUGAUCAGAGGGUAGGGAAUAGAAGUAGGGGCAUCGGUGUUAAUGCAAACGAUAACGGGAAUGUAAGUGAAAAUGAUAGUAGGAAAGGCAGCGAAAACGGUAGUGAAGGGGGCGAGCCGGCAAAAAGAGAUGUAUCGAAUAAAAACCCCGAAGAGAAUAGACUUUUAGACCGGAUUUCACACAUCCACCGGCCAACAAAGGAUGAGAUGUUGGCAGCAGCAACCGGGUUUUUUCAGAGAUUGAGGAUCAGGACAAAAUGGGCCAUGAUACGACAGAUGAGACCAUAUAAUUGGGACGAUCUCAGCGCUUUCUUCUCGUGGCUACUGCUAGGCCAGGUUCUAUGGAUCGUGCUUGGGACCACAACCUUUGUUUCAUUGACCAUAUUAUUGGUCAAUACUGUGUUCGCGCAGGAAUCUCUUGCCAGAGCUGUUGGUAACUAUCUUACGAAGGAAACUGGGGUCAAAGUCGUAUUUGAGUCAGCCAUCGUUCCCAGCUGGAAAGGUGGUUGCAUCACAUUCAAAAACGUCUUUGUAUCCCGUAGACCUGGUCGAGAAAAGCAAGGCAACAAAAACGUUCGUAAGGGAUCCUCAGUUACUGCAGCGGCUGCAGCAGCUGCAGCAGCUCAUGCAGAUGAAACAAGUGGAAAGGAUCAUAGCCAUACGGUUAUGGCAGAAGAGGAGGAUACGAAUUAUACCCAGUUUGACGUUACUAUUGAUGCCGUCAAUGUCACCCUUUCCUUCACAAAAUGGAUGAAUGGCAAAGGUCUUCUCAAGGAUGUCGAGAUUAAAGGAGUUCGUGGGGUAAUCGACCGAACCCAUGUCAGCUGGGCUGAGGGCGUUGACCCCAGAUCUUUCAAGCACGAACAUGUUCCAGGCGAUUUUGAGAUCGAUUCUUUCAAGCUCGAAGAUCUUUUGGUAACAGUACAGCAGCCAGAUGGGUUCCGCCCAUUCUCUUUCAGUAUAUUUUCUUGUGACCUUCCGCAACUGAGGAAGCAAUGGCUAUUCUACGACUUUUUGAGCGCAAACAUGAUGUCUGGCUCUUUCGAUGACUCAUUGUUCACAAUACACCCCAGGCAGAGCCAUGGUGUAAGUUCGAUGAUGCUGAGGGACAAUGGCUCCCGUACUCCCAGUCUGUGGAAAAAGACCAGCCGCCUCCGGAUUGAUGGCUUAGAAAUUGAUCAUCUAAAUCACGGUGCUGGAGGGAUGUUUUCGUGGAUACAGAGUGGAAAUGUUGAUAUCGUUGCGGACAUCAUGUUCCCUGCGGAGAAUGACCUUCAGUUUACCCAGGUGGUCCAGGACAUCGUCGAACGAAUGGAGGCUACAGUAUCCCCGAACUCAUCCAGAAAAUUCUUUGACAACGACAAUGGAAAGGCAGAAGAUAGGAAAGCCGAAAAGUACGUUAUAAUGGAUCUCCGAAUACAGCUAAACGACGUCCGCGCCUCUGUGCCUUUAUUCACAAAAGACCUAAGCUAUGUCAACAACGCACUAAUACGACCAAUCGUGGCAUACAUCAAUCGCCGAAAAACAUAUAUCCCCAUCAAUUGCCGUGUUGUUAAGAAGCAGGACGAGUUCGACGGUAGUUGGACAAUCUACGACAGUGGUUUGAUGGACGACUUGUCUGCAGAGGUUUUACUCACGCCCUCGAGCAUUCCCGAUAGUCACUAA